AUGAGCAGUGCAAAACGGCGUCAUUCUAAUCAAGAAGACGAUGCGGCGUUGCCCCAGGUAAAGAGGCCAGCUUCCUCACGAACACGACUGGAUGUGAAGGAAAUCGGCGAAUCGUCCAAUGACAGCAAACUCCUGGGACCACGUACCGGUGUUCUGUUGCCUAUGCAAGCCAAAAAUAAAAAGAAGACCACCAGUUACAUUUACGGCAAUUAUCCCAAUUACUACAGCGAUCGACGCAACAAAUCCAAGAAUUACGAUUCACGAUUGGACGUGUUGCCGAGCCACUUGUUCAAGGAUAAGCAUGUACUGGAUAUCGGUUGCAAUUCGGGCAACAUUACCAUCACUAUUGCCAAACGGUACCAUCCUGUUCAUAUUCACGGUGUGGAUAUCGACGACACGCUGAUAAAGAAAGCCAAUUCGCUACUCGGUGUAGCGUACUCUCUCAGUGAUCCUUCGGGCACGGAGGAUGACACCUCCCCGUUAGAUAUUGGGAUGCGAUUCCACUACUUUCCAACCUCCAUGACACACAUGUUUGGCUUUAUUGCUCUUUCCAGGCCAGCCACGGCUCUUCCGGAAGGAUUUCCUUACAACGUGACAUUUGAGGCGAUGGAUUGGAUGGAAAGCACAGUCGAAGAAGAACAAUACGAUACCGUGCUUGCACUCAGUAUCAGCAAAUGGAUUCACAUUCACCGGGGUGAUGAAGGCAUCAAAGACUUUUUCAAAAGGGCUUUCAAAGUAUUGAAACCAGGAGGUGUAUUUGUGCUUGAACCGCAACGCUAUGAAUCGUAUGCCAGAAGAGCCAAGUUAUCAGAGGAUACUCAAAAUGUAUAUGAAGAAAUCACUUUACAUCCUGAAGAUUACCAAAUGUACUUGUUGAACGAGAUCGGGUUCAAACAGGUAGAAGAACUAGGCACUUCUGAAAAUGAGAACAAGGGCUUUGAACGACCACUCUAUCUUUAUACAAAAUAA